AUGGAAUGGGGAUGUCCAAUUUGGCUGGAGGUUCAAGUUCUUGUUUUUCAUGCAGCUUUGAUGAUAUAUCGAAACAAUUCCACACAUCAUCAAGUUGAUGAAUAUUCACGUCAACGUACAGAAGAAAUUAAUGAAGCUGUUUUGCAAUCAAUUCGAAAAGUAGUUGCUGAAACUCAACAACAACCACAACAACUUCUUGCUGAUGCUAAUUCACGUACAACUGAAAUUCAAAAUAAUUGUAAAGGUGAUGUUCAAGAACGUGUUGCUAAAGGUGAUGAAGAAAAAACAGCUUCAUUUGCCCCAAUUAGAAAAGAACAUGGACAAGAACUUCUUGCUGAUCCUAAUCCACGUACAACUGGUAUUAAUUUAAAAAUAAUUUUAAUUAAGAAAAAAGGGUGUGGGUGUGGGUGUGGGGUGUGGGUGGGUGUGGGGUCUGGGUGUGGGGUGUGGGUGGGUGUGGGGUCUGGGUGUGGGGUGUGGGUGGGUGUGGGGUCUGGGUGUGGGAUGUGGGUGUGUGUGUAUUUUCAUCAUUGACGCCCACACCCACCCACCCACCCACACCCAAUUCGCAAAGAACAUGGA